AUGGCACUCUUCUUUAUUGGCUAUUUGAUAAGUGUGACAAGUACAGUUGCAUUUAUUGUUGCUAUUCUAACGCCCAGAUGGAUCUAUCCGAAUACGUUACCAGUAACUAAUAGCAGUAUCUCAUCUCCAGUCUCUACGAACUAUCGAGGAAUAUUCUACGUCGAUGCAGGAUAUGCGAAUACAACAUGUCGAGAUUGGAUUUUCCUUUAUAAAGACUCGGUUUCAACUUGUCGACCACCUUAUGCGAUUGCGUGUGCUUCAUUAGCUGUUGCGGGUUCGUCGUUAUCGAUUAUUCUACUUUGGCUUGCGGGUGCUUAUCUGUACAUUCGUCGACGACGACUCGCACCGAAUUUCGUCCUAUUCAUCGCUCUUUUUACUUUAUUGAUCUUUUGGAUAAGCGCGAUCAUAUGGAUUGUGAUGAUCACGAUGAAUCGGGAUGAGAACUUAAAAAUUCGUCGCGAAAACAUCGGUUUUUCUACUUGGAUCGCAGUUGGCGCGAGUGGCGGCUAUUUAUUCGCAUUUUUCUUCUUCGUCCUCUAUCGGGUUCAACACACUGUUCAGUCAUGUGAUACGCAACUAUCUCAUUCGUCUAUUCAAUCAUACUGA